AGGACUCUAUUACUAAUAAUUUAGCGAAAUUUGUUUAUUAGAUGUCUGUUUAAAGCCAGUUUAAGUAUGGAGAAACCUCAGGUCGAACUAAGGGAGGACGUUAAAAGUUAUUUAGAAGCUACAUUUCUAGCUGAAACCGAGGAAGGAGACAAAUGCAGGCUGUCCUUUAGGCGACUGUUGGAGGUACUGGCUUCACCACCGCUGUACACCACACUGAGAGUGAAUAUGUUAAAACUCAGCAGUCAGGAAAUAAAGGCAAUUAUAAAUGAAGAACUCACAAUGAUUUAUAAAAGCAAAAACUGGGAUCCACCCCAAAUAUUUCUCCACCCAUCCCUUGAGGAUGUACUUGUCAUAGAAAAUCGAGGACCACUGCAGAUAAAAGAGAUGGAGAAGGAGGUGGUCAUCGAUCACAGAUGUGGAAUGGCUGUGUUACGGGGAGCAGACAUAUUUGUUCAAGGAAUAAUUGGGGCACCUGCAAACAUGAUGUCAGGUGACAUGGUUUCUGUGUAUAUUGAUCUCGAAGGGAAAUAUCUGAAAGGUGACAUGCAGCCCCUAGGUGGAUCCAGGUUCCAUGUAGGAAAUGGUGUGGCACAGCUCAGUAGAGAUGACAUAUUCAAAACCAAACCAACUCCGAGUGGAGUUGGAAUUUUAAUGUCAGAGCCUCUGUAUGAGGCCCCAUGUCUCAGUGACCUUCGACCUGACCUGAUUCUGGCCCAGAACUUGCCCUCUAUCAUAUGUACACAUGUCCUUGACCCACAGCCAGGGGAGAGAAUUCUGGAUAUGUGUGCAGCACCAGGAGGGAAGACAACUCACAUUGCCAGCAAAAUGAAAAACAAGGGAGAGGUGAUAGCUAUUGACCGGUCAGAUCACAAGGUGGAUAAGAUCAGGUCUAACCUAGAGAAGUGGGGCCUGACCUGUGUGACUUGUUACGCCUGCGAUGCACUGAGGAUCUCUGUAGUUCCCGCUGGUGGCAACCUGAACUUCCCAGAAUUCCCAGCAGAAUAUUUUGACCGUAUUUUGUUGGACGUCCCCUGCAGUGCCCUUGGUCAGAGACCAUCACUCAAAAACCACAUCACUCUGAACUCGCUCAAAUCGUACUCGGGAUACCAGAGAAAGUUCAUGCGUAAGGCUGUCCAGCUUCUACGACCCGGUGGAGUCCUUGUUUACAGUACCUGUACAGUUACACUGGAGGAGAAUGAAAAACAAGUUGUGUGGGUGUUAGAAAACUUCCCAGACUUACAGCUCACAGCUCAGGUUCCAAAUCUAGGGUCCCCUGGAAGACGUUGUUCAGGAUUAUCAAAGAAUCUGCAACAAUUAUUACAGGUGUUUGACCCAUCGUGUGUUGAGUCACGUGAUAACAUGGCAGUUUAUAAUAAAGACACAAUAGGAUUUUUUAUAGCAAAAUUCACCAAAAUGAAAAGCUGA